GUAAACAUGGCAACCUCUGACGUGCUGCUUUCUAAAAACAGAGCUGUCUGAUAGUGGGCCUUGGCGUGCGGGAAUGCCAGUCUCAUUACAGAGGGUACAGACAAGCGCUUGGGCCUGAUUUCACCCCGCGACAGAGGACUGGAACAAUUUAAUUUUCGCGAACCAAAACGGUCUCAUUCUCAACUUCACUGGAGCCGUUGUUCGCCAGAUCAGGAUGGACAGCUUGGAGAAGCAACUUAUUUGUCCCAUUUGUCUGGAGAUGUUCACGAAACCGGUUGUGAUUCUUCCCUGUCAACACAAUCUUUGCCGGAAAUGUGCUAAUGACAUAUUCCAGUCUUCAAAUCCAUACCUUCCAAUCAGAGGAGGCUCGGUGACAUCAGGGGGCCGUUUCAGGUGUCCAUCCUGCAGACAUGAAGUUGUGCUGGACCGUCAUGGGGUUUACGGCCUGCAGAGAAACCUGUUGGUGGAAAACAUCAUUGACAUGUACAAACAGGAGUACAUCAGCAGCAGACCUUCUCCUGAGAGAAAGGUUGACCAGCCGAUGUGUGAGGUUCAUGAGGAUGAGAAAAUCAACAUAUACUGCCUGACCUGUGGCGUCCCCACUUGUUCUAUGUGUAAAGUGUUCGGCGCCCAUAAGGACUGUCAAGUGGCCCCUCUUGACAGUAUUUACCAGACGCAAAAGACAGAGCUCUCGGAUGGAAUAGCAAUGAUGGUGGGCAAUAAUGACAGAAUCCAAGGCAUCAUCAGUCAACUGGAGGAGACCUGCAGAACCAUAGAGGAAAAUGGCCGACGACAGAAAUCCAAGGUGUGUGAAAGGUUUGACCACUUGUACUCAAUUCUUGAGGAAAGGAAGAGAGAGAUGAACCUGAAAGUAAGUUCCGAACAGGAAGAGAAGCUGAACUACAUACGUGGCCUCACAAAGAAGUAUGGAGAUUAUUUGGAGUUCAUGACCAAAAUCAUGGAGACAGGAAUACAGACACUGGAAGAACCAGAGAUGGCUGUUUUCUUACAGAAUGCUAAACCCCUUCUGCAAAAAAUUGCAAAGGCAUCGAAUACCUCACACCUGGAGAGAGUGGAGCGCGGCUAUGAGAGCAUGGAUCAUUACUCUGUACACUUCAAGAGAGAGGGCAGGGCCCUGCGCAAUAUUGACUUCAUCAGAGAUGAUGAUGAUGAAGAGGAGGUGGAAGAUGAGGAAGAGGUGGGCGUUGAAGCAGCUUCAGGAGAAGUGGAUUUACUUGGCCAGUUGAAUGAACCACUACCGCCACUCCUGCCCCCACAAACCCUGAGCACACGCAGACCCGCCGCAUCAUCCUAACUUCACUAAAGUACACAUGCCAACACAAAUAUUGAUCAUUAUCACUGCAACCUGUUCACAACAAUAUGGACACCUAAAAAAACAGACCCUUUUACCAGAUGCUGGAACUAUUUUUUUUGUUUUAGUGACUACUUAAGAAAAGUCAGUAGAUGACUAAAUAUAAACAUAGAUGACUUAGGAAACCCUUCCAAGAUUUGUGGUGUUGUUUACUGCGUAGGGAGUGUUCGCGUGGUAUUUUCGUCGCAGUUGGCACGGCAGUGGUAUUUGAGUUAUGAAUGAUACGUUUUGCCUUAAAUGUUGUCUGGAUUUCCUAUUUCUAAACGUCAAUGACAAUAAAAGAGUACCCCCAUGUAAUGUAA